ACGAUGUUACUCCAGCGCUAUCAGAAACGCAUCCCCCGCGCGAAUGUGAAUGUCCAUGCCGAUCAAUUACUCCGGCCCAGGGAGAAUGAAAGAAAUCCUUCACAUAUGCGGCAUGUAUUUAUUCAGGGGCAUGGGAACGGACGGCGCCGAUGUGCAAGAUACAAGCAUACAGCCAUCGACACUAGUUGCUAGCCACCGCGCAACGCCCACAUAUACGACCCGGCUAGCCAACGAAAGUUUCCCCGGUUAAAGACGAAGCAUGUUUUAGUAGCUUCAUAUGUGGACGGCACAUGAAGCUCCCUACCAAGCAUGGACGAAGCGUCAUGUCUCACAGUUUAUCACUUACCCCUCAAGGGAAGAGACGCUCCGGAACAAAUACCUCGCCGUCCCUCCACCCCAGUUACGCCGAGGAUGUUUUCAUCAAAUUGUUUUUUUCCCGAAUAAGAGUUCGAUGGUUUUACUACUGUUGGUUAUUUUUAUGAUGAUGCAAAUGCUGUCAUAGCAAACAAACAGACCAACAGCUUAUGACGCUGUUUCUGUUUGAGAGCAAACUCUGCGAACCUUUGCACAUGGUUCGUUGACUGUCGAUCUCUCGAUCCGCCGAGGCACUAGCGCCGCCCUUGUGCAGGUCCUUUUCCGGCUUGCCGACGAAGGCCUCGUCAAUCAAUCAAUCUAUGACUGAAUGGGUGGUGCCUAGCGGGUAAAGAGGAGCUCGUAUUGGAAAACUCAAUUGGGGAAUUUUGGCCAAUCGGUCUUCGAUGUUCACCUUGGCUUGCUAAUAGCGUCGCUUCUAUAAAUUGUCUUCCGUUCUAUGUAUGCAUGUUAGUUAGGUAACGGUAUUGUAGUUUCGUCUCGUGUUCCGAUAGCCGCGCAAUGAAGCUCGACGCGAAGAGUCCGGCAGAGCAAUCGGC